UUUACAAUUUUAUCACAGACAUCAAGUUAUCUGAAUGCAAUACAAAUAUACAAAUAAUAUUGUCCCGACUUAGCUGCAGUUUGUACUUAGUAUUAAUUGUCCAAUUUGUCCAGUAUUCAGGUAUGGCUACUAAAUUUAGGUAGCGUGUUGUACGACUUCUCAAAUGCUUCUAUAUUCUCUAACUAUUGUUUAUAAAUUCUUUUAUUAAUAUAAUAAAAUUUGCAUCGUUGAUCCUGUAUCACACGGAGUUUGGAUCCACAUUUUUAUUGAAAUAUUGUGAAAAGCAACUAUAUUGGAAAUGUCUUCAUCUCAAGAAUCAAUGAAUGAUGAUCCAUCCACAUGCGAGAUCGUUGAUUUUAGUAUCUAUUACUUAGACAUGGUGCAAUGUCCAUUAAAUCCGAACCACAGACUUCGACGUCACAGGUUGCCGUAUCAUCUUGUAAAGUGCAAAAAGUCAUUUCCGAAUAAAGUUCAAUGUCCUUUUGGGCAUUACUAUUAUUUAGAAAAACAUGAAAUGGCUAAUCAUUUACUAACAUGCCCUCAUAAGCCUAGGUUUGCUCAAGCUGAAGAAAUGCAACCACACAAAGUUCAAGCUCAACAAACUAAAAAUGAGAAUAUUGUCUACAACUAUGAUGUUGAAAAUUACCAAAUUGAUGAACCCUAUUGGGAUUGAUAUACUUCACUGAUAUCGUCACUUAUUAUUAAACAUCAUUAGACUGUGAAAAUUUUCAUUUUUUUUUAAACUAUUCAACUAUUUUAAGGAUUCGGGAAGAUUUCACUUGAAAUUUUUAUCAUUAAACUAACUGCUAAAAAAUGUAUAUGAAAU